AUGGCGAAGAAGGAGAAGAAGAAGAAGAAGAAGAAGAAGAAGAAGAAGAAGAAAAAGAAGAAAAAAAAGAGGAAGAAGGAGGAGGAGGAGGAGGAGGAGGAGGAGGAGGAGGAUGGACGUGGGGAGUCCGGGAGUGCGGUCAGUGUUCAUUUCGGCGUCGAGAAUGGGACAGAGUUGGAUAAGGAGACAGCGGCUGAUGUAAUCCAGAUGCCGAAGUUGGUACGAAGAUGUCCUACGAGGCUGACUGGUGUCCGGGACGCCCGCUGGCAACGUGGGCAGGUCGGGGACGGUUAA